GCCAGAGGCCACUCCUCCAGUCCCCACCGCUCCCUCCCCUCAUCCACCGCGGCACCUCACCAGGCACCAUGCGGAGCCGCUUCCUCACCGCCGACUACUUCGCGCCGUCGCCCUCGGCCGCCUCCUCCUCCGACCUAGCCAUAGCGCUAGCAUCCCUGCCCUUCCCUUCCCUCCCGGUCCCGACUCUUCCUCCCGAUCCCCACCUCCUUAACCCAUUCCCCUUCCCCGCCGAUUUCCUCCCCGUCCCGAGUGUAGGCGACGAUGAUCUCGACUCGCUCCCCUUCGGCUCCGCGCUCACCGAGUUCCUCGCCGACGUCGUCCCGCAGCCCCUGCCUCUGCCGGAUAUCCCCGCCGCCGACGAGGGCUUAGAUGAUUAUCUCUACGGUAGGGGUGUGUACGGCGAUGGUUUCAGCUCUACGGAUCCCGUUGCUUUCAGAAUCCCCAAGGGACUGGACGACAGCCACACAAAGGGCGAUAAGGAAGGGGGACUCAGUUUGGAGGCCUCAGCAGUUACCAAGCGAGGGGGCCUGUUGGAGUCCAUGUUUGAGGUUCCAGAGGUCGAUUUCCUGUUGGUUUUGCAGAAGAAAAUUGCAUCGCUUGAUGAUGAAGAGUCAGAUGCUUGUGUCACCUAUUCGUUUGGUGUCCCAGACGUGAAAAUCCAUCCGGAUUUCAUUGAUACUGAUACUGAGACAAGAAUACCAUAUCCAACUGAACUUGCAGAGUCAAUUUAUCAAGUAGAAGUCCCUGUAAAGCAUGAUGAUGAUGAGAACUGUCCUUAUGCUAAAGAUAGCUACUGCAUGGAAAUCAUAGGACUAGAGAAUGGUCAAAUAAUACCCCAGUUGGAGGAUAGUAUGAAUUCUUGGGAGCUUGAUGAGUGCUCAGCAAAGACAGCGGUAUCCAAUAUUUUUCAUAAUAUUGUUGAACACUUAUAUGAUGGAGCACAAGUUCAUCUUCCAUCAUUUGGCUCAACUGAGUUCUUGAGAUCAUGUGAUAUGGACAUUUUUGCCUUGGUUUGCAAAGAUGCCCCACGUGUGGAGUAUCAAGCAGAUAAACCAAUUACAGCAAAGGAUGUAGCAGAAAUGGAUUUUGUGAAGAUCAAUCAUGAUAUUUUACUUGAUAAAAAGUCAGCAUUAUACCCUCUCAAGCCUGAUGGGACCUGUUCAGAUUUUCCUUGCUCCAUUCUCUUGGAGGAAGUAGAGACCAUCAACUUUCCUUCUGAGGAUGCCUUUAAGACACUUGUUCAGUCACUGUCAGUGAAAGCUGAGAUGAAUACAUCUGAGGAAAUAUUCAAAGAUGACUUUGAUCAAGCAAAAUCUUUCUAUGAAUCAGUGGUUAGCUCUGAAUGGGCUCUAGUUGAUGAUACCUUCAAAUCACUACCUACACCUAUUUUACCUGAUGAAAAAGCAAUGAGAUCCAUGCUUCCCCCUGUAGAAGUACUUUGCUCCCUAAAACCACUUCCUCUAUCUGCAGCAGAUGGGAUCUAUUUGGAUUGGCAUCUUUUAUCAGAAGGGCCAUGCAAUCAGGAGAGUUGCUCUACUUAUGCGAGCAUGGUUGAGGAGGUAAAGCCUUGCAGUUUAAGUUUUGAACUGCAAAUAAGUUGCCAGCAGAUGCCAGCGCUUGACAUUGAUUUUCUGGAGGAUUUUCCGAGAAGUGCAAAGCUUCAACAUGAGGACAAGAAGAAUGAGAUUUAUGUUCCUGGGCCUAUACCUCAUGAUCCAUUAGCCAAUUUGGAAACAACUCAGAAGAACAUGCUAGAAAGUGAUGUCAGAGAUCAUAGGCACAUGGAUAGGUUGAAUCCAGAAAAGGAACCAUCAUUGUUUGAGUCAACGUCACAGUCCAAUGGGCUAAGCUUCUACUUAAAUGUGAGAAAUAACACUAAGAAAGUAAGGAAAAAUGAGGAUAUUUCUACCUUAGACAUCCCCUCUUCAAAAGAAGCAGCUCCUUUUUCAACCAGACCUAGAGUUAACAAACUCAUAGAAAUUCAUCCUGUCAACCUCUCAGAUCUUAUCCAAGGCCUUAUCAAAGACAUCCAUGUAAGUUAUACAUCUGCUUUGCAAGAAAGUGCAUACUUCAGGCAUUCUUUGUCCGAUGGGCAAGGUUUAAGCAUUUCAAAGCAAAAGCUUCUUGAACUGGUAACAGGGGAAGGUUCAGAAGGCUUGUAUAGCUACUGUCAAUAUGAAGAUAAGAUGGAGCUUAUUGUACUGUAUGCAUUAAAACAGGUUGCAUAUUACCUAUGUUUCUUUGGUCUGCAUGCUGCCUAUCUGUAUCUUGGCAAUUUGACUGGAACAUUUGAACAUAUUCCUGAGAGGUUAAGAAAUAUUCAACACUGCAUUGGUGAAGCUCGGUUGAAAGCUGAGAAGCAACUACGAGAGUCUCAUCCGUCAUUAUCUGUCAUUGAGACAAUCCUUAGAUCUAAUACCCAAAUCGGCCGAAAGAUCCUUAUAGUGUCUGAUAGAGCUUUCUGGUUUCCAUUGGGUCAAAAGCUAACUGCCAUGAAGAUAACAUAUCUUCAGUUUGGAACAUACCAUUCAACCACUUAUUCAGAUCCGGUGAGCAAGACAAACUCUAAAACAUGUAUGCUGGAAGAAUUAGGGAAAUCAGACUGCAUUCUGCUAGAUAACAAGAACAUCCCAGCUUCAUUCCCUUUCAGUGAGUUUUGCAUGGUACUGGAAUAUGGAGGUCCAAAUAAAUCAUCUAUCUUGUUAUCUCUAGCUCCCAAAUUAGAUGGUUUGCCACCACUGCAUUUCCUCUAUGUCACAGUGGAUGAUGAAGACCUUCCAAAUGCUCUUGUCGAGGACAAUCACAUAGACCAGGAUCUGAAAUCCACAUUGGUGAUUAUCAAUCACUUUUUCGCAGAUGCUGUUUUGCAUACACUUCAGAAAGACUUGCAAGAGAAGAUGAACAAAAUGCGCAUUGUUGAUUCAUUAAACUUUAUACCGGCAACAAAUCAAGAGCAACAUCUCCAGACCAAUCAUCUCACUGCUGAUUCAUCAAAAAAAAUUCCCGCAGAUGUUCAACUGCACAAUCAGGGAAAUCUGAACGAAAAGAAUAUUGUUGAUUCACACAACUUUGUGGCUGCAUCUGAACAGCUCAAUACGUUGAACCAAAUAAGCAUUGCCAAUUCACAAAAUUUUGUGCCUACAGUUGAGAAGAGCAGUUCAACUUCUUCUGUAUCUGCGAAUGUGAUAAAAGCUCCCCGAGACAACCAAUCUGCUGGUGUCCUGCCUCUCUGUGAGAAAAUGGACAGCACCAAAGCAGGAAGAUUACCUGGCCCAGAGGCAGUGAUUGUUGUAAAUACUGGAAAUCUUGGAAAGAAUAUGCUUUUCUCUCGAAGAUCAUCUUAUCAGCAGAUACUAGCUUUGGAGAGAGGAGGUAUGCAGGUUGUAGAGCGAGAUGUUGAUCUGCCUGUGGACCUAAUACUUACCGCUGCAGUUUGUUUACUAUGGUAUGAUACAAGAACCUCUGGAUCCAGUGAAUUAACAGUAUCAUCAGACACAUCUGGCAUAACAAAUUUUGUAGAGGAUAUUGCUACCAACAUUCUGAUGGCACUUAGCUUCUGUUUCUGUGGCUGCAUAAUGGUCUUCGAGGGUGAAAAUCACUUGCUUUCUGCUGUAUUGGGGGCAUCUGAUUCUCUAUAUGCUUCAGCUGCUAGCCUGGACAUGAACUUGCAGCUAUUCUUUUCACAAACGCCCAAAUCAACAGAUCAAAUCAUUCUCAAUUGCAUCCAGAAUGCGGUUAGGAUAAAUCAAGCUCCUUGUCCACAAAUACCUGAAUCAGAAAGUCUGGUUGAGUCAUUUGUCACGGCAUUCCCUUCAGUUAGUCCUCUGUCUGCACACAUGAUACUUUCUUCUGGCCGUCUUCUGGAUUUCCUCAGAUGGUCACAUGAGCAACGUACUCAGGCUGUUGAAAAGUAUCAUUUGCCGCCACAGAGCGUUUCUCUCUUCAGUGCUUUGUGCAAAUUCGGUGAGCUAGGUGAAUCAAAGUCUGUUAUGACUGAAUGCUCUUCUGUAGAUUCAGAUAUCAGUAGUGCAUUGUUGGAGUCUGCGAGGAAAAAGAAAAGGCGUGGCGCACAAGACUUUUCAGCAGCAGUUAGUCACCCUGCUUGCACUAAUCCCUGUACUCAAUUGCAUGGUGAUUGUGUAGAAAAUGACAAGGUAUUCUCACCACCUAAGUUAAGGAAAUUCUCUCACAUAGAGGAUAUGAUGCCUGACCUCCCCGAAGUCUUUACGAUUGAUCAAAGGUUGAAUAUGGGUAGUGAAGGUGUCUCUUGUCAGCCAAGAAAGUAUGAUGUGGAUGCUGUAACUGGGAUUCAUAUAAUAGAUGAUGACUUCAUCAAUGAGCUGACUCCAAAUUUCAGAACAUACAAUGAAAGGGCUAGCAGUAUGGUGGACACAUGCAAUUUCUCUAGGCAAUCUGAAUUGGGAGCUAAACAACCAAUCAGAAGUACCUUUCCCGCCAGCAUGCCAUCAGCCUGUAUAACUUCCAGUCAUCCAACAUUUCCAUCCGCAUUAGAGAUCAAUAACGACCCUGGUAACUGGGAUGUUUCAUGUGGUAUAAAUCAAACAUGGACAGAUAAUGUGCAUGGGGAUUUCGCCACAAGCUCUGGCAGAAAUUAUCUGGGUAGCAGAUAUCAUGAACCAAGACAGGAAGUAAUGCAGACUCCAGCAUCUUCACUUUCCUUCCUGAAGCAGAAUUUUGGUUGUCAUGGAGCAUCACAAGGCUCAGGCUGGGAAAUGGACUAUAUAAGGCAGAUGAAUGAAAACAGAAAAGCACACCAAGAGCAAUCUAGAUGCAAUGUUUCAGCAACAUGGUCAAGGGAUGGCUCCUCUAGAAUUCUGAGUGUUCCUCCUAUUGAAUCUUUCAGAUAUCAAAGAAAAACAGAUACUCCUUUCAGGGACCAGAGCCCUUCAGAUAUUGAAUCUUUCAGAUACCGAAGAAAUACAAACACGCUUUUGAGGGACCAGGGCCCUUCAAAUGAGGCUCACAGGUAUGGGAAAGGCAGGGGAAGAACUAAAUCACAGAGCCAUAGGGUAAGAAAGGAUUUCAAGGCACAGCCUAGUAUAAAUCAUGAAAAGAGCAUAGUGCCAUCCAUCGAGCCAACAUGGACUCCUCUUGACAAGAGAGCAAGACAAAAACUUACAUUUGCAACACAUGGGAACGAAAAACAAACCAAGCUGGUCUGGAGACAUCAAAGCAGCCCCGGUGUUGGAUGUGGCUUCCCUAAGAGGUACCAGGAAGAAGGUACGUAGAUUGUCAGGUCUAGUAACGUUCUGGACACCCAGAGCAUGUUAUUCUUUCUUGGAGAUUGGAGAAAAAAAGGCCCCAUAUGCAAGGUUUUUAUGUUUUAAUUGGUUAAGACAAUACAUGAAUUCUUCUUGAGAACUUGGCACCAUCAUUGACCUGGCAGGAGCUGUGAAUGUACAUAUUUUUUAGCACUGCUGGCAAUGAUUGAAAGUAUCCUUGUUACACGUAUGAAAUUUAUCUGCCACUAUCAUCUUCUAUAGGUUCAGGUUUCACUUCAGUAAUCUUGUUGAAA